AUGUGCAUCAAGGUCAUCUACCACAACCGCUAUGCGGACGGCACCCGGGACAUCACCGAGCACGUCGAUAUCUGCCGGCCCGGUGGCCCUAUGUGCCCUGCCCCUUACAUCUGCGAAAAGGACCGCAGAUUUGGUGUCACGAAGCACCAACUUGCAUCAUCACCACACCGCGGCCAGUCACCACUUUCGCUGACAGACCGUGUACCUGCGCCAUUCUACUCCGAACACCUGCGCCCACCUACCCCUCGAUCCGGUCAUGGUUCCGGAAGCGAGAGGGAGAGCGACCUCGAGCGCUCAUUCAAGCGACGUAGUGGCGUUUAUGUUAACGGCGAGAAAGUCCUGGACCUGAAUCGGCGCAAGCAUGAGCGCCGCGCUGAACGACCAGUUGUCCUGGAGCCUACGUACCGCGCCCCAGCUGCUCCCAUGCCGCCCCCAAUCCCUAUCCCUAUCCCCAGAAUCCGCCGCUCCACCACUAUGCCCUCUGGCGGACCUUUCGUUGUCGAUGCAACCCCACCUGCCGCAGAGAAACGCCCCAAGCCCAUCAUCAUCGAAAACACCAACCGUCGGUCCAAGCAUGAAUCCAAGUCCAAUUCACUUGAAUCUGAUGUUCUGAAAAGGCACGGAUCGCGCAAGGAACGGGACUAUCUCGAGCCCCACCCCCAUCAUCGCCGGUCAUCCCGCUCUCCAUUGGAGAUGUACGCUGCAGAUGACGAUUUUGAGAGGGCUGAGCGACGCCGACGCCGUGAGAUGCGCGCACAGCGUGUUCAGGAACCUGCACCAGUCCCUGCUGCCGAUGUCUAUGGUUCAUCCCCCUUCGGAUCAUCAUGGGGCUCCUCAACAGCCGCUGAUACCCGGGUGGCUACCCCAGUUAUCGUGAACGCAUCCCCUGCCGUGACGGAAGUCAAGAAAGAGCUGCGGUGGGAGGACCAACAGCGUGCGAAGCACAAUGCGAAUAUCAAGUCGCGCCCCAAGCUUGGCCGCUCGGCAACAGUUACCGAAAAGCCGACUCUACACGGAGAGGUCAAGAGCAUUCUAAAGAAUGGUCAGGAGACCAAGGAUGAUCUAGAUCAACUUUAUGCCUCUCUUCGUGGUCUUGGGCUGAAUGACAAGGUGGCCGGCGCACAAAGGUUUCCUCGCCAAGAAGACGGCCUUUCGCGAGAAUUACAAGAGGAGCAAGAGUAUCGGGACAGACUGAAAAACCGCUUUAGCAUGCCCUCCAGGAGAUUUACUGUUGAGAAAGGUGGCACGGGGAAGCGAAGGACUGAGGUGUUUUAUCCUGAGGAAGGACGUUACAAAUGGAUGUAA